AAAGGGGGGCCGCACCCAAUGAGAUGCUGUGGUUUACAGAAACGCUCAAACUAUUUUAAUUUUUAUGACAGGCGGCUGUGUGAGGGGUGAGAACUAAACAAAACUUCGCUAGAAAUCAACAGUUUGUUGUUUAAAUCCUGUUCUCUUUACAACGGGCCUAGCUUUAAAGCAAUCAUGUCUCUUGACAGAGGCACAAUGGGGCGGCUUUCAGUACAGAGGCUCUCAAAGCGAUUCACUCGCAAUAAAGAGUAUGAUCGAGUAGAUGAUACCUCUGAUACUCGUGUCCCUUUGUACAAUGAAGAGGCUUUUCAGCAUGGGCUGAAAUUUAAAGCAAAGUACAUUGGUAGUGCCGAGAUCCAAAAGCCAUCAUCUAAAAUAGAUAUCAUUACAGCUAUGAGGCGGAUUAGAUAUGAGCAUAAAGUAAAAGGUGUUAAGAAGCAAAGAUGUUUAAUUGAUAUAUCCACGACAGGGGUUAAAAUAACCAAGAGAAAGCGAAGAAAAAGGAAGCAGUACACUGAGGAACAACUCUUUAUGAUGCAGCAUGCCAUUUACAGGAUAUUUUAUGUAUCACAUGAUUCUCAAGACUUGAAGAUAUUCAGUUACAUCACUCGUGAAGUGCCUAGCAAUACUUUUAAAUGCAAUGUAUUCAAAGCAUACAAGAAGCGUAUGGCUCUUCAUGUAGUAAGAAGUUUAGGACAAGCGUUUGAUGUUUGUCAUAAGCUAAACCCUCGACCAAAGAAAAAGAAACCUGUUCAAACAGAGGAGAAAAAGUCAGAAGAGACAAAGACGGAGGAAAAGGAAGAUGAAGAAAAGAAGAAGGACAAUGUAGAGGAGGUUAAAGAGCCUGAAAAGGAUAAUGAUAUGGCAGCACCAAAUCAAUCAGUAAAUACUGCUCAGGAACCUAUCGCCAGCAAUAAUCCUUUUGAGCCUCCACUACCCCCUCUUAUUGACUUGGACCCAUUAGCACCUUUCAAUCUACCAAUAUUGCCUCCUGUGCCUUCUGGUAUGACUGUGACACCAACCACUACUCCUACUGGGUUUGUUGGCAGACCACGUCCAAGACCAGGACAAAAUACAAUACAAGAGAAUCCAAUGAUGGCUGGUUCUUCAGACAGUGUGAAAGCUAUCAACAUAUCACCAUCAGUAUCCCUUGGAGAGCCACUGAACAGUGUUGAUGGAGAUACCUUGCCUCGGGAUCAUGAAAAGCAACAAUUGAGUGCACAGCUUACUUUGAUAACAGAACAACUUCAUACCGAGAGAGCAGCCAGGAUAGAAUCAGAGGCGAGAGUUGAGCAUUUGUUGAUGCAAAACAAAGAAUUGUUAUCUCAUCUACAAAAGCUAAUGGUGCAGUUACAGCAGCUCCAAUCCUUACAGAUGAGUCAGAUAACACCUCCCAAAUCAACUCCUCCACUAUCAAAAAAAGGUCAACCUUCUCCAUCAGAAAUGACCCCACCUAACACAGACCACAGUGAGCCAUCCAACUCAGAGGUCAAUCUGGAGCAUAUGAAACUCGAUAGCUCACCAGAGGAACCUCCCAAGCCAACACCAAAUGUUACGGAUGAGCUGCCUCUUCUUGAUGAUAUCAAUGAGCUGAACGACUCUAACUCUGACAAGGUGGAAGAUUUCAACACUAUUCAUUUGGUCUCGCAAGAUGAUUUUGAUGCUGCCUUCACACCUCAACCUACUAAUGAUCCCUUUACUCCCAUUAAGCCUGAUGACUCAUCUCAUGAUCAAGCCACUCUAGAUGCUGCCUUUACUCCAACAACAGUAACUGUUGCAUCAUAAAUCAGAGCUGACGUUAGUUGACUAUAAUGCCUUUUAAAUUUUAUUAUUCCCUCCAGUGAUGCAUGUCAAGUGUGUUUACUGUCAAAUGUACUUGUAGCAGUACAGUAUAUUAUUUUAUUAUAAGUAAAAUAUUCAAAGUAAUAAUUAUUAUUAUGAUAUGCAACUUUUUGGCUAAAGAAAAUUGGAAACAAAA